AUGACUUUUUACAAUGCAGUAUUUUUUGCAUUACUUUGCCUGCACGGUUCCGGUUUCGGUUGGGAUCUAUCGUCCCUAGGCAUUGAGGAGUUUUCCGUCCGACAGGUAUCGCUUUACAAAUCGCGUGCCUUCCUAACGAUCGAUUGUGAAAAAGCCAGCCUGGUGGAGGCCUCGUGGCCUGAGAACAAACUAGGAAUCCGACCACGCGUCUUGUCCGAGAGCCCAACUUCACACAGCGAUUGUUGUGAUGAAUUGAAGCACGUGAUUGGUACGGAUGUCGACUCGGUAGCCCGGUUGUGGAUUUUGGAUCGCGGCGAUGAUUAUGGGCUCUGUGGGCCGAAGUUGAUCAUUCGUAGUUUGAUCAUUGCAACGAGUAAGGAGAUUCGGUACGACUUUGGCUUGUCGAGCAGAGUGUUCCAUUCGAUAGUGGUGGAUCCCAUCAAGGCUUCUGACGGAGAUACUCGUGCGUUCGUGACACUGGAGGAUACCGACUAUAUGUUAUUCUUUUCGCUUUACAAGCAGACUUUUGGGAAACUUAAAUUUGAGAGGAAAGACCUAUCACCCAUUAGUCCGAUUUCGCUAUCGGAGGUUGCCGUCAAUCAAAAUCGCCUCUACAUUUCUGACAGCCUGAGUGGCCGUCUGUUUCUACUGCCGAUCAAGACCAUUCGACAGCUGCCAUUCCCCGAAGAUGGAGUGCAAAAGAUGACACUGAAGACGAAUGUGACCUACUUAGGGAGACUUCUGGGGCGUGCGAAUGGUUUGAAAUUGGACCUGUGGGACAACCUGUACUACAUCAUUCCAAGGGAUGGAGCGAUCGUGAAAUGGAAACCGGGACACUCGCUGAAAGCGGAGAACCAUUUGGUUAUUUUCCAGCGGGAAAUCAACGUUAGUCAGAUUAUUUUGGGCGUGGGAAAUAAGGCUUGGGUCAUCGCAAGUGAGUUCGCGUCUGAUGAAAGCAAACGGCAUUGUUUAAGAAUUAGCAAAUGA